AUGUCCAUGUCUUCGGAAUCUUUCCACACGGUCAGUUCACUCGCUGUACAGGAAACACAAGAAGCGGCCAGGCGAAUAAUCGAGGCAUCUCAGCGUAAAUGGGACAGGGCUGCAAUGUCGAGGACAGAGCUGGAUUUGAGACGAAUGUUGCUGAUAGCCAUGACUGAGCGUAAUGCUCAACGAGCAUUGCGGAGAUUAGCGGCGAGAGCGUCGUCACCACCGUCACCUCCUCAAAAUACUCAUCAAAGCUUUCCCCAGGAAAGUUCACUGGAUUCGUUACAGCAGCAAAAUCAAACUCUCCCUGACAUUUCUAAGCUCUUAACUGCCCACGAAAUCGACAGUAGACAUGAAUUUGAUGCGUGGCACGAAUCCGUGUUUAAUGGCAAUGAAGACGACGAAGACGACAUUCAAGUCAUCGGGGUGGAAUCCAAUAUUGUGUUUCGUCCGAACGCGAGCAGAUAG